AAGCCAAACACGCGGGAGCACUAUGCCUGGUGAUAACGGAACAUAUUAUAGUAGUUGGUUUGAAAUUAACUUAAACAGUCACUGCUGGGUUGUCUACAGUGUUGUGAGGAAUUAGCGUCAUGGCUGAGACGUAUAUAUCCGUGAAGACCAAAACAGCGGUUCUAAUGCUGUUAUUAAUAGCGUUGGUGAUCAAGGAAUCGAACGCGCGGCCUCCGUGGCUGUCUCCAGGCAGCGGGGUGUUCACCGAGUCCGCGGAAUGUCAUACGGAUGACGAACUUCUAGAUCUGUGUCAGCGAUGCGCUAAACUCACAAAAUCCAAACUGGCCUACCCAGCUUGCUGCUCAACCGAUCUCCAGGCCAGGAAGUGGUGCUCAGACUACGUCUACUUCGGCAGAGGACAGUACGACUUUUAUCUCAUUUGAUGACGUCACACGCAGUCUU